AUGAGGAAAAAAUCAUAUGUUAAUCUGAAGGAAAAUCCCUAUGUAUUACAUGCGAAUUUAGCUGGGAAUAUUUUCCUCGGGAUUUACCUGGCCAACUGGACUGUUCAGAAUGAACGUGCAGACAGAGCACUUCAAGUGUUUCAAAGCAUGUUGUGUAGUAGAAUUGAACCGUCUACAACUACUAUAGCAAGUGCCCUUGCAGCUUGUGCUCAAUUAGGUUCAUUGAAAGUAGGAACUUCUAUACAUGGCUACAUGUUGAGGCAAAGAAUUGCCAUAGAGACUCCUGCCCAAAAUUCACUUGUCACCAUGUAUUCAAAGUGUGGCUAUUUGAAGCAAGCACUUGUUGUUUUCGAUAUGAUAAAAAGCAGAGAUGUGGUUUCCUCGAAUGCAAUUGUUGCAGGGAAUGCUCAGAAUGGGCAUUUAGCAAUGGACUUGCAUCUGUUUUAUGAAAUGAGGAUAGCCCAUCAAAGACCUGACUCAAUUACAGUUAGGCACGGCUUUAGUUGA